CAGAGUUAAUGAGUUUGCAAAACUUCAUCGGUGAUUGGAUAUCAUGUUGCUUAAGUUUCUGGGAUAUAUAAAGGGACAGGAUCAGCUGUAUGGACAUUACAUUCUUCACCUUCCGAGUGACCAAGACAUCAAGAUGUACCUAAUCAAGACAAUACCAGUGUUUGCAUUAUUGAUACUAAUUCAGGAAGGCACGUGCGGCGGUCACGAGGGAUAUUCUUUUCAACAUCAUCAUGGUCCGGUGACGGGCCAUCACCAGAAGGUGACCUGGACGGACAAGCAUGGUCAUCAUCAUCAUGAUUACGUAGCUGAACCGCAUUACAAAUACGCUUACGGAGUGGAGGAUCAUCACACCCAUGAUAUGCAUGGCCAGAAGGAGCACGGAGAUGGACAUGGGGUCGCUGGAGAAUACUCUGUCCACGAGCCCGGCGGUAACGUACGAACAGUGAAAUAUUUUUCUGAUCACAAUGGAUUCCAUGCUGAAGUUCACAACAGCAACGGUUGGGUCCAUCACUACUGAGUCACCCAUGAUUCAACAAAGCCCCUUCAUCGAAUUAUCUGUCACUCCAUUUUAUCUCUGAUUCAACUGAAUAAUAAUCACUGAUUCAACAAAACACAGAA